AAGUGCCACCAUGCAGAAGCCACGGGGCUUUUCUCCUCCAUGCUUUGUCUGUCAGUGGAGGCGGAUGCUGUGCAGGGAAGAUAAUGAGAAUAUGGAACACCUAGCUCAGUCCCUGACGCUUAAGCUGACACGGAGGAAAUGCUUGACCAAAAGGGCUUCGCCUCUAUGUUCUCUAGUCGAACAUCCCGAAAGUCAAUCUCUCAUCCGGAGUCCGGAGACGCCAUGGCAGAGGGUGAAGAAUACCGGAACCCCACGGAGGUGCAGAUGAGUCAGCUGGUACUGCCCUGCCACACCAACCACCGUGGGGAGCUGAGCAUUGGGCAGUUGCUCAAAUGGAUCGACACCACAGCCUGCCUAUCAGCGGAGAGGCAUGCUGGCUGCCCCUGCGUCACAGCCUCUAUGGAUGACAUCUACUUCGACCAUACCAUUAGUGUCGGCCAAGUGGUGAAUAUCAAGGCCAAGGUGAACCGGGCCUUCAACUCCAGCAUGGAGGUGGGAAUCCAGGUGGUCUCUGAGGAUCUGUGCUCUGAGAAGCAGUGGAGUGUCUGCAAGGCCUUGGCCACCUUUGUGGCCCACCGGGAGCUCUCCAAGGUGAAGCUGAAGCAGGUCAUCCCAUUGACAGAGGAGGAGAAGACCGAGCAUGGGGUGGCAGCUGAGCGCCGGCGUAUGCGACUGGUCUACGCAGACACCAUCAAAGAUCUCCUAACCCACUGUGCCAUCCAGGACGAUCUGGACAAGGACUGCAGCAAUAUGGUGCCAGCCGAGAAGACCCGAGUGGAGAGUGUGGAGCUGGUGCUGCCUCCUCACGCCAAUCAUCAGGGCAAUACCUUCGGGGGCCAGAUCAUGGCCUGGAUGGAGAAUGUGGCCACCAUUGCAGCCAGCCGGCUCUGUCAUGCCCACCCUACGCUCAAGGCCAUCGAGAUGUUCCAUUUCCGGGGCCCAUCUCAGGUGGGGGACCGUCUGGUGCUCAAGGCCAUCGUGAAUAACGCCUUUAAGCACAGCAUGGAGGUGGGUGUGUGUGUGGAGGCUUACCGCCAGGAGGCUGAGACCCAGCGCCGGCACAUCAACAGCGCCUUCAUGACCUUUGUGGUCCUGGACAAAGAUGACCAGCCUCAGAAGCUGCCCUGGAUUCGUCCCCAGCCUGGGGAUGGUGAGCGGCGAUACCGAGAGGCCAGUGCUAGGAAGAAGAUCCGCCUGGACAGGAAGUACCUUGUGUCCUGUAAGCAAGUGGAAGUGGCCCUGUCUGUCCCCUGGGACCCUAGCAACCAGGUAUACCUGAGCUACUACAAUGUGUCCUCUCUGAAGACCCUCAUGGCCAAGGACAACUGGGUGCUGUCCAUGGAGUUCGGUGAGGUCCGCCUGUACACCCUGGAAGAGGAGUUCCUCUCCUUUCACUUGGCGAUGGUGGUAAACGUGGACGCAGCCCAGGUCUUUCAGCUGCUGUCAGACCUGCGCAGAAGACCAGAGUGGGACAAGCAUUACCGGAGUGUGGAGCUGGUGCAGCAAGUGGAUGAGGAUGACGCCAUCUACCACGUCAUCAGCCCCGCCCUGAGCGGUAAUACCAAGCCCCAGGACUUUGUGAUCCUGGCCUCUAGGCGGAAGCCUUGUGACAAUGGGGACCCCUAUGUCAUUGCCCUGAGGUCCGUCACACUGCCCACACACCCUGAGACACCGGAAUACCAACGUGGGGAGACUCUCUGUUCAGGCUUCUGUCUGUGGCGUGAGGGGGACCAGAUGACUAAGGUUUCUUACUACAACCAGGCCACCCCCGGCUUUCUCAACUAUGUGACCACCAAUGUGGCCGGCCUGUCCUCGGAAUUCUACAACACUUUCAAGGCUUGUGAGAGUUUCCUGCUGGACAACCGGAAUGACCUAGCUCCCAGCCUCCAGACCCUCUAGACACCACCCAUGCUGCCCCAGGUCUUACACAGCAGAGAUAUUUAUUCACCUUGACUCCCCAGGGAAGCCUUCCAUACUAAAUGGUCCAGUCCUGCUGGAUGGUUGGUUCCUGCUCACAUCGGCCUGCAAGUCUUUCCAGUACUCCUGGGGUAUCCUGUAAUAGACUCGGGUCCUGUCCACGGCCCUGGCCGCCCACAAUCCAGCCCACACAUCCGCAUGGCUGUUCCCAGCAGUGCUGUGGUACACUGUGACAGUGGCUCUAGGGGAGGAGCCCAACAGCCUAGCCACAGUUUUGGCUGGACUCUGGCCCAGUGGCCCAGCCUGUAGCUGGAAGGACACAGGUUGCCGGAGUCCCUGACACAGCUCCAGCAUAUCUGUGACCAUCUGCUCCUGAUAACCACUGUCCAGCAUCUCUUCGGGCCAGCCCGGUGCCACCGUCACAUGGGGGAAAACUUCAGCCACAGCUGUGAGCAGCUCUCUGCCAGCUAUGUGGCCAGGGACCACAAAACUACCAUGUGAGACUGUGGCCCCCACCCACACAGGCCAGGGCAGAUGGCCAAGGGUGGAGAGGUGUGCUAACGUGGCCAGGGAUGGCCGGAGAGCUGCGGGUUCCACUAUGUUCACAUGGAUGCCCCAGCGCCUGGGGUGAACAGCCAGACGAAGCAGACAUGACUCCAGUGUCAGAGCAGGGCCACCUGGGGUGUGCAGGAUGGGCACAGGGUUCCCAGCCUCAGGUUCCUGGAGGCCAAUGUCCAGCAGGAUCAUGCCUUCUCUGUCUGGAAGAAGAAACAGUUUGGAGAUCCUGUCAUCAUGGGACAUCAGUGUUUUUUGUUAAAGGGGACAGACAUGAGGACAUGUCAUGGGGACAGACCAAGAGGCACCAGCCAUUCUUGAGUAUGCCAGCCCCAUUCCAGGCUCCAAGUGCUGUGACUGGUGACUCUCAGGCAGGUAUGACAAAUCGCUGGCCUCCAUUCUUGACCUUCCUAGUCACUCCCCACUCCUCUGGUCACAGUGUGGCUGAGGACUCAAGGCUGUGAAGACGGGAGUUCCUGCUCUUGACAUUUAUUCCUCCCACUUUGUAUCCAGUGUGUGGCUUAUCGUGUUGCCAUGGUAACAGAGAAUCAAGUUACCCACCCAAGCAAAUGACAGACCUGUGGGUUAGGGUAGCCAGGAGCUUUAGAGCUGCAGGCAGACUCACCAGGGACAGUAAUGGCUGCUCUUCUCCCGCUGCCGUUCACUUCUAGAACCA